AUGCAAAGUGCAUCAGAUAUAAUUUCAUCCUUAUUGUGGUUUAAGGACAAUGAAUAUCCAGAUGAAGAAAGUAACUCUCAAAUAAUAGAGCAGUUUGUUCAAAAUGUUGAAGAUUUCAGUUCGCAGUAUGGAAGUGAAAUUAGUGUUUCAUAUACAGCUUUUAAUCUUCGUGGUCCACCGUCGAACUUUCCAGAUUAUGGAGAUUAUCCUCAGGCGUUUGUUAUGAGAACCUAUGGAAAGUGGUGGGAUGAGGCUCCAUCUUUUCAAGAAGAUUAUAUGCCACAAAACAGUCCUUCCAUACCCAGUCAAGACUAUGUAGAAGUGUCUUUCGAAAGAGCCGUGUAUCCGCUUGAGGUGGCCAUAUUCGAGACCUACAAUCCGGGCGCGCUAGUUCGCAUCUGGGCCUUGGGAUCGGCUGCGUGGAUCUUACUUUGGGAGGGUCUUCUAAAUAGAGUAAUAGCAUCGAACCUGCACGAAAAAGUCCUACCGCUUAUACCGCUGAACGAGCAAUUUAUCGACACGGGGCCACCUCUAGGUGACUUUCAAAGAUUACCGGAUGAAACUAUUCUUGCAAUCAUGAAGUUCUUGGAUAUGCAGUCUUUAAGUCGCUGCGCUCAAGUGAGCCGUCACUUUAGUAGGCUAGCUCUGGACGCGAUCCUGUACCGGUGCAUCGACCUCAGACCCUACUGGCACUGCGUUCGCUCACAGGUGCUGUCAACUUUGGGGACGCGUUGCAAAUUCCUUCAGAAGCUCGAUUUGUCUUGGUGCGGAAGUCAUCGCAUGAUACAGCCCCAUUACGUUGUCAAUUUCCUGAGAGACAACUGCUCGGAAUUAACACAUCUGAGAAUGAAUUGCUGCGAAUUCGUCGACAACUCGGUGCUAAGGAGUGUGGUUGACAGUUGCGCGUAUUUACAAGAGCUGUGCUUGCGAUCGGUCGUGGGGUGCACUGAUUGGAUAUGCCUGGCAACACUGAAGCAACUGAGGCGGCUGGAUCUGUACCGCACGGACAUCGGCACGAUUGCUGCCGUCGCCGUGGUGCGCGCCAACCCUAACCUGCAGCAUGUGAAUGUUGGUUCUUGCAAAAUGAUAUCGGCAAUGGAUGAAGUGGCGAUAGCUUUGGGUGCCAAUUGUCCUGGACUCAUAUCUGUAGACUUUUGGAAAUCUUAUUCGUUGACCGCCGUUGGUAUCAGGUCGCUCGGGAACUGCAAGAUGCUGCAAGAGUUGGAUGUGGGCUGGUGCUUACAAGCGGGCAGUUCAGGCGAGUGGUUGGCUUCUCUAGAGGGGAAAGAGCUUCGCAAACUGUUUCUUGGAGCUUUGCGUGGUGUUUGCGACCGCGACCUCCGUUCUUUGAUACCACGCGCCCCAAAACUCUCACAACUAGACCUGCUGGGCGUCAGAGCAGUCACACCUGAUAUUUGCAGCGAUAUAUUAGCGCGAUGCCAAGAGCUGAGACUGUUAGAUGUCAGCUUCUGUGAUCAAAUUUUGGAAUCUCAGGUAAACGAAUGGCGGCUACAAUACCCGCACGUGAGUAUCAAGAGAUCGUUCCAGUCCGCCAAUAUGAGUGCGGCACCUAGUCCACUGUUCUUAGCUCCCAGUCUUGAAUGA